AUGCUUGUUGACGCUAUCAAACGGAUGAUUACCAAGGCGUUGCGGUGGGCGUCGAGAAAGAAUUCAACCACCUCAUCUGCGCAAACCCCCCCAUCAGGCAACGAUUGUGCUAGUAUUCGGCAGGAAAGCAUUCAUGAUGUGUUGUCGGAGGGCUCAGACGAGGCAUGGGAUAUCAUUGAUCCAACUGAUGCCGAUCAAUUCAGCCACGAACCACCACCCGGAACACGGGGAGACCUAUAUCUGCAGGUCGGACGUUCGCGGGAAGAAAUCAAUGUGCUCUCAGACCUUGAGUCAUGCCCUCUUUCUUUACAGGCACCUUAUACGACGCUCAAACCAUCUGACCGUAACGUUCAAUUUACUGGACGUCAAAAGCUCCUAGACUACAUGGAGACCGUGUUGGUUCCUCGAAAGGAAUCGAAAUGUGAACUCAACAGAGAGCCACGCCGAGAGUUGGCGAUACGUGGAAUGGGGGGAGUAGGAAAAACUGAGCUUGCGCGUGAGUUUGCAUUUUCACGACAGCACUACUUCGAUGCCGUGAUCUGGGUUGAAGCAGAAGAAGCAACACAGCUAUCAGAAGGCUUUGAGCUUUUCGCAACCUACCUCGGUGCCAAUACCGGUCAAGACCGGGUGGUUAGCCGAAAUAUCGCCCGCGAGUGGCUUAACAACCCUACCAAGCGACCGAAGGCCAGACCCAAGGAUGCGACGGCGCCAACUGAAGGGGACGAUGGUGCGGAGGACACGUCUAACAAGAAAGCAAGCUGGUUGCUCAUAUUCAACAAUGCUGACGACCUCUCGUUACUCGAAGAUUAUUGGCCAGACAAUCCAGAUGGAUCCAUCUUGCUGACAAGCAGAAACUUGGAGGCCCAGGUCGGCAGGCUAACGCUAGACCUGGAACCAUUUGAAAGGGAAGAAGCUGCCGAUCUGCUUCGACAACUGACCCCUGGGAUCGAUCACACGUUGCCACAAAAUGUACAAGCAUCGCUGGAUAUUGCUGAACGACUUGGUGGAUUGCCGCUAGCCAUCACACAGAUCGCUGCUUUCAUCACAAAACGCGACAAAUCACUGCCUGAAUUCGUAGCUUUCUAUGACCGAUAUUCCGUGGAGAAGCUUGCAAACGAUCGUGCGUUGAGGUCUCGUGGUGCACAGUACAAGCAUUCAAUCUUCACCGUCUGGGCACUUGAAGGGUUAUCUUCAAACAGUCGGUCAGUUCUCCAGGUUCUCUCAUUCCUUAAUCCGGACUCGAUCAGGGAAUCGCUGAUCAGACCGCCGUUUCCACCCACACAAGUGUUGCCAGAAGAGUACCCGAUGGACGAAUUUGAUUUUGAUGAGGCACGUUCAGAUCUGUCACAGAUCUCACUGAUCAGAAGGAACAGGGAUGAUGGAAGAUUGACAGUGCACCGUCUUGUUCAAGACGUAGUGAGAUCCCAAAUGAAACGGCCUCGGAUGUUGCAGAUGCUCGAAUUCGCGGCGUUUCUCGUCCUCAGCGGAUGGCCUACCGCCUUCCUUCAGUUUGACCACGAUACCGCGACAUGGGAAGCAUCCGAGGACCUUUUGCCACAUAUCAUCAAGCUGAAGGGGUUCUUUGACCAUUACUCGGCCGAGAUCGAGUCUCCCGAAGCUCAUCAUAACUUAGCCAGACUCCUGCUGUUUGCCGGCUGGUUAGUAGAUCUUCAUGUUCCUCCACUCGCUGCGUCAUAG